AACUGCCUGACGGGGGCUGGGAAGGGGGAGGGGGAAGGAGUCAACGGCGUCUUCCCCGUCGUCAUUGGCUGAGCGCCUCGUGACGUCACUCUGAGGCGCCUCAUGCGGCGCCGCGCACGGGUCCCAGAGGCUUCUGGGUAGCGGUUUACCCCCGCCCCUUGCGUCGGCGCCUUCCUUUUCCUCCCUGACGCCACCGAGGUCGCACGCGUGAGGCUUCUCCGCCGCUGCCGCAGACGCCGCCGCGAUGCGCUACGUCGCCUCCUACCUGCUGGCUGCCCUAGGGGGCAACUCCUCCCCCAGCGCCAAGGACAUCAAGAAGAUCUUGGACAGCGUGGGUAUCGAGGCGGACGACGACCGGCUCAACAAGGUUAUCAGUGAGCUGAAUGGAAAAAACAUUGAAGAUGUCAUUGCCCAGGGUAUUGGCAAGCUUGCCAGUGUACCUGCCGGUGGGGCUGUAGCUGUCUCUGCUGCCCCAGGUUCUGCAGCCCCUGCUGCUGGUUCUGCCCCUGCUGCAGCAGAGGAGAAGAAAGAUGAGAAGAAGGAGGAGUCUGAAGAGUCAGACGAUGACAUGGGAUUUGGCCUUUUUGAUUAAAUUCCUGCUCCCCUGCAAAUAAAGCUUUUUUACACAUCU